GGAGAUUUGAUUUCUUUCCUGUCCGGACCAAGGGAGGCUAAAGAGGGUGUGGGAAUGAUUUGAUAUGCGACGGCAGGAGCUAUGUCUUAAGUGUCACGGGAGGAGAGUGAAUUGCGACGACCCUGAAAAUCCCGGGGACAGGUUAGACACCCGAGCCAGAAGAUGAAGAAAGCAGGGAGUGGUGACGUUGAUGAUUGGACCAGGGGGAAGCCGUCCAGACCAGGGAGAUGAAGCACAUGCGAAAAUGACAGGAACAUUCUGGGCUCUUCGGGGGAAAAGGUGUGACUGGAGAGGGGCAUGUUCCAAGCGCGAAGGAGGGGUUCGGGCAGGUUCUUUGGGCUUGUCUUGGGCAGAGAGAUGCCAGUCCAGUCGCAUCAUGAGGGAUGCUAAAAAAGAAAACAAACGAGGGCAGGAGAGUAAGAGAGAAGGGGGGGAAAUUGGGGGGAACGGGGACCCGGAUCUAGGCCACCAGGAUUAUGGUCUCAGAUCACAAGCCCGAUGCAUGGCAUAGAUGAAGCCAAAGACGCAAGAAAACUUGCCUGGCAGCGCUGCUAUAGCCUUGCAGCUUAUAGUGGGCAGACCAAUGAGAUCAAUGACGUUGUGGUUCCCGUGGGAUCCGCAGU